AUGAUAUUUAAAAGUAGAUUCGUCCACUCUGCGCGUGGCGCGCACGUUCCCUGCAGCGGCGUGGAUCUGGCAGUGGAACCCGCAGUGGACUGGGGCCCCUCUCUCCCCGGAGUCUCCUGCGGGUCCCUCCAGAGAGCCCCAGGCAGCGCGUCCUCAGCUGGGAGUCGGGAAACCGCCCUGUCUGAGCCAGCUGCGUCAGCCGUGGGGCCAGCCCCAGGACCGCUCGCUCAUCCUCCGAGGGCUUGGGAGCGCCCACUGCGUCCGGUCUCCAGAGAAGUCAUAGUCCGCUGGUUUAAGGAGGAGCAGCUGCCUCACCGAGCCGGCUUCGAGAGGAACACCAAAUCCAAUGCCUCCUGGUUCCAUGGAAUUAUUAGCCGAGAAGAUGCAGAAGAUCUCCUCGAGAACAUGACUGAGGGAGCAUUUCUUGUCCGGGUCAGUGAUAAAAUCUGGGGUUACACCCUCUCCUACCGCCUGCAGAAGGGGUUCAAGCACUUUCUUGUGGAUGCCUCGGGGGAUUUUUACAGCUUCCUGGGAGUGGACCCCAAUCGCCAUGCAACGCUCACAGAUCUCAUUGAUUUCCACAAGGAGGAAAUUAUCACCGUUUCAGGGGGAGAGUUGCUGCAGGAACCCUGUGGACAGAGGGACAGCCCACCAGACUACCAUCUGUUGUUUGAAUGAUAUUUUUCUCCUUAUCAAUUGGACUUCUUUGGGCAUCCUUUUUUUUUUAAAUACAUUUUUUAUUGUGAAAUUUAACAUAUAUACAGAACUGUGAUAACUUUCAAAGUAUGUUUUAACAAGGAGUUAGAGAGCAAAUUUCAAAGAA